AUGGAGGUUAUGGAGCAGGAGAAUCAGUAUAAUAAACAUGAAGCUAAUGCCAUCAAAAGGAAACCAGUCCCAAAACCAAAUGGACCAGUGUUCACUAUACCAAGGUUAAAGAAGAUCAAAAGAGAAUUGCUCACAGAACUUCCCUUAGACACACAUGAAUGCCAGCAGGAGAUACUGUCAGUUAUCCGCAAAAGUUUUCACUUUCCAAUAUCAUCUGUAUGCCAUUUCUUCAACAGAGUGCAGUAUGUUCACAACCCAGAUCUAACUGCCAAGUACUUGGAAAGACGAAGAGAUAUGAAAAGUAAUGGAUAUCCAGAUGCUCUUUUGGCCGAUACUUAUGCAUUUCUACCAUUGGACAGUCCUUCAGUGGUUGACAAAAUAUGUAGAGAUGGUGUCAGGUGUGGCAAUCAACAGUUCUCUGGCUUGGGCGUUUCUCACAUGGCUGUCCAUUUGUGCAAACAUGCAGACAUAUUGACACCGAUGAAACCCAAGUAUGGUGACAGACUGUUGUUGAUGGUUAAGUUAUUGAAGGGUAAAGUGAAGACAGUGAUUUGUAAGAAUGUGGGAGUACAACUGGAACCCACACCAAAUUAUGACUGCCAUAUUGCCAAGCCAAAUGUAGAUCAGUCAACCCAGCAGCCCCCACACAUGAUGUUCUACUCUUCACAGCUGUAUGUGUAUGAAUAUGGAGAUUUCAAGAUUGAAGAUUACCCGCGUCAGGUACUACCUUAUGCUGUAGUAUAUUACACUAUCAGAGAGCCCCAGUUGCCCAUUCCUAAAAAUAUUGUGAGCACACCAGUUCCAGCACACAAAGGCAUGCCACCGUCGGCAUUAUCUUCAGUACCAUCAUCAGUUUCUGACCCUGGGCCUACAAACGAAGUGUGGCGGGGGAGACUCCAUGUGCAGCUGAUGGAAGGCGGUAACAUCUUCAUUGAAGUGGUCAUGCUGUCUUACUUCGUGCCUCUUACACUGAACAACAGCGCUGUCGGGACACUGAUGUAG